AUGCAUUAUCGAUACAUAUCCCUAUGUAAGAGUACUCACUAUCUAAGUUUACUCAUUAUCUAUGUAAGUUUACUCAUUAUCUAUCUAUCUAUCUAUCUAUCUAUCUAUCUAUCUAUCUAUCUAUCUAUCGCAGUCUGUUCACAUCUAUCUAUGCCUUUUCAUUAUCUAUCUAUCUAUCUAUCUAUCUAUCUAUCUAUCUAUCUAUCUAAGUUUACUCAUUAUCUAUCUAUCUAUCUAUCUAUCUAUCUAUCUAUCUAUCUAUCUAAGUUUACUCGUUAUCUAUCUAUCUAUCUAUCUAUCUAUCUAUCUAUCUAUCUAUGUUUACUCAUUAUCUAUCUUAUCUAUUUUACUCAUUAUCUAUCUAUCUAUCUAUCUAUCUAUCUAUCUAUCUAUGUUUACUCAUUAUCUAUCUUAUCUAUGUAUGUAACUCUAUUCAUUAUCUAUCUAUCUAUAUAUCUAUCUAUCUAUCUAUUCUGGUACAAUAUAAAAGGAACUUACUUAAAUAGACAAAACUUGUCUCUGUCUCUCUCUCCCUAUAUAAAUAUAUAUAUAUUGACCACUAAUAUUAUCAAUAUCUAUCUAUCUAUCUAUCUAUCUAUAUCUAUCUAUCUAUCUAUCUAUCUCAGUCUUUUCGUAUCUAUCUAUCUAUCUAUCUAUCUAUCUAUCUAUCUAUCUACCCCAGUCUACCUUUACUACGCUUUCUUUACCUCCUUCUUUCUCCUUUUCCCUCUUCUUAUUCUGUCUUUUCACUAUUUCUUUAUUUUUUUCUUCUGUUUUUCUUUCUUCUUUUCUUCUGCGUUUUUUUAUUUAGGCCUGGUUUCUUUUCAUUUUAUUUUGUCUUAUUAUCUUGAUCGGUUUGAAAAUCAAUGCGAAUAA